AGUGGUGCCGGUGGCGCCGAGGAAAAUUACACGCCAUACGGCGAGCGACUCGAGACCUACAUCGUGCCCAUUGUCUUUGCCUGCAUCCUCAUCGUCGGGGUCACCGGCAACGGAGUACUCAUGGUCACGAUCUGCCGGCACGCCAACAUGCGCAACGUGCCCAACACUUACGUCCUUUCGCUCGCCAUUGGCGAUUUGUUGGUGAUCCUGACGUGCGUGCCGUUCACCUUCACAGUGUACGUCCUGGACUCGUGGCCGUUUGGGCUGCUGCUGUGCAAGGUGUCCGAGUGCGCCAAGGACAUCUCCAUUGGCGUCUCCGUCUUCACUCUAACGGCCCUAUCGGCCGACCGCUUCUUCGCCAUCGUCGAUCCCAUGAGGAAACUGCACGCCACAGGAGGUGGUAAGAGGGCGACGAGAUUUACAAAGGUCAUAGCCACCCUCAUUUGGCUACUGGCGAUGAUCUGCGCCAUACCAGCUUCAUUUUCGUACCUUCGCGUGUUCACAGUCAACAAAAAUGUCACAUUCACGACGUGCUACCCGUUCCCAGAAGAGUUUGGACCAAGCUACCCAAAAAUCGUCCUGAUAUGCCGGUUUUGCAUUUUGUAUCUGUUUCCUCUGGCGAUAAUCGCCUUCUUCUACAUACUCAUGGCAAGGCACCUCAUGCAAAGCACCAGGAACAUACCUGGUGAAAUGCAGGGCCAGGUGAAGCAGAUAAAGGCACGUAAGAAGGUAGCGAAGAUGGUUAUGGCAUUCGUGGCGGUGUUCGCCGUCUGUUUCUUCCCGCAGCACGUGUUCAUGCUCUGGUUCUACCUGAACCCAAACGCCCAACUCGAUUACAACGCCUUUUGGCACUACUUCCGGAUCCUCGGCUUCUGCCUGGCUUUCAUGAACAGCUGCAUCAACCCCAUCGCCCUCUACUGCGUCAGCGGCACUUUCCGCAAAUACUUCAACAGGUACCUGCUGUGUUGCUGCUGCACGCCCACGCGCAGACGAACGUCGAUCAUAAACUCGAACCGCCGCUGCCAGAGCUUUUCCUUCACGACCUCGCGCAGACACACCAGCUCCCGUCGUGGCCAACAGAGUGCCAUUAACUUGCCGAUUUGGAACCCUAGCAACGUCAGCGACACGCGCGGCAGAAGCAUGCCCCAGGAGCAGGAGACCACCGUUACUAUUUUCCAAAACGGCGUUGAGCAGCGCACAUGAGGUCGGAAUUCACGAAACAUUCGCUGGAGACAAGUACAAAGACACCAUACAGAAAUCGUUAACACUGUAGUAGAGGACAGAAUCAGACUGUCGCCUCCACAGUAUCAACCAAACAUACAAAACGUGACAAGAGCAAAAAGAACCUUAAAUAAGUGAACAAGGGUGUAAAUAAAAUAUUUCAGCUACCUUUUAUUACUUGCAGUUGUAAUACUUGAAAAAAAAAAAAAAAAAAAAAAAAAAAAAGAAUUAAUGAACCAAACAAUAAGUAUACUUGAGGGUAUUGUCAAUGAGGAAGUACUCUUGUUAAAGGAAGCAAAAAAAACCGUUGUCAAUACAGUUGGAAUAUAUUACUGAGUGUUAUUAUACAGUGUACAUAUGUAUGUUACAAGAAAAACUGAACGAAAGAACUAUGAAAUAUUUAUAGUGAUCAAAAAUCAGCAUCGUUAAAUUUU